AGUAGGCCCGGAUGGCACCGCUAAAUGGACUCGCCUCCAGGGCAGUGGCGUCAGUGCGACUGCGCGCGAGCCGGGUGCGCGGUACUUAAUUUCGCUGCGCCUAGACUAGCAAGUAGCCAUGCGGAGAGCGGACCCCGAGCAGCCUGCAAAGCGGCCUCGCUGCGAUGGCAGCCCCAGAACGCCGCCGAGCACCCGUCCUGCAGAGGCCAACGCGUCUCCGGGCUCCGAACUCCACAUCGACCUCCCGACCUGGGAUGUGGAUGAUGUGUGCUCCUUCUUGAAGGGAGAAGGCUUCCGAGAGCAAGUGCUGGACAGCUUCAGAGAGAAUAACAUCACUGGUUCAUUUCUGCCCUUUCUCAAAGAGUCUUGUCUUGAAAAUCUUGGAGUAAGUUCCUUGGAGGAGAGGAGGAAGAUGAUUGCAUGUAUCCAAAAACUGAGUCAAUCUCACAUAGAGCUAAUGAAGGUAUUUAAUGAUCCUAUUCAUGGCCAUAUUGAGUUCCACCCUCUCCUUAUCCGAAUCAUUGACACACCUCAGUUUCAGCGGCUUCGCUACAUAAAACAGCUGGGAGGCGGCUACUAUGUUUUCCCAGGAGCUUCACACAAUCGCUUUGAACACAGUCUCGGGGUUGGGUACCUAGCAGGCUACGUUGUUCGAGCACUGGCUGAAAAACAGCCGGAGUUGCAGAUCAGUGAGCGAGAUAUACUUUGUGUUCAGAUUGCUGGACUCUGCCACGACCUCGAACUCCAUCUAACCAAAGGAGAUGUACAACAUGAACAAGGCUCAGUUGACAUGUUUGAUCAUCUGGUUACUUCUAAUAACCUCGAACCUAUCAUGAAAAAUUAUGGUCUCGUCCCUGAAGAAGAUAUUCCCUUUAUCAAGGAACAAAUUUGUGGACCAGAUCAAAGGACACCAAUCAAAGACUCUCUUUGGCCCUAUAAAGGACGUCCUGUCGAGAAGAGCUUCCUCUAUGAGAUAGUGGCUAACAAAAGAAAUGGCAUCGAUGUGGACAAAUGGGAUUAUUUCGCCAGGGACUGUCACCAUCUUGGAAUCAAAAAUAAUUUUGAUUACAAGCGCUAUGUUAUGUUUUCCCGUGUCUGUGAAGUGGAAGACAAUAAAGGUGGCUAUAAGAUGAAGCACAUCUGUACUAGGGAAAAGGAGGUUGGGAAUCUGUAUGACAUGUUCUACACACGCAACAGCUUACAUCGCAGAGCUUAUCAACAUAAAAUCAGCAACCUCAUCGAUAUAAUGAUCAAAGAGGCCUUCAUCAAAGCAGACCCCUACGUGGAGAUUAUAGGGACCAAAAAGGAGAAGCGCCGUAUUUCUACAGCCAUUGAUGACAUGGAAGCCUUCGCUAAGCUGACAGAUAACAUUUUUCUGGAGAUUUUAAACUCGACUGAUACACGGUUGUCCGAGGCACAAAGUAUUUUAAGAAACAUCGAACGCCGUGAUCUAUACAAGUAUUUGGGUGAGACCCAGCCAAACGGUCAGCACAAGAUUAGAAAGGAAGAGUAUGAACAGCUUCCCCAAGAGAUUGUUAAGACCAAACCUGAUGUGAACCUGGAAGCCCAACUGAAGGCCGAAGAUUUCAUAGUGGAUGUUCUCAACAUGGAUUAUGGGAUGGAAGACAAGAAUCCAAUUGACCAUGUCCUCUUCUAUAGUAAAAAUAACACAAGGCAAGCAGUCAAGAUCUCUAAAGAGCAGGUGUCGCAGCUUCUGCCACAGAAAUUUGCAGAGCAGCUCAUCCGAGUAUACUGUAAGAAGAAAGACAGAAAGAGCCUACAUGCUGCUCGGCAGCACUUCAUUCAGUGGUGUGCGGACAGAGACUUCACCAAACCGCAGGAUGGUGACAUCAUGGCCCCACUUAUAACUCCUCGGAAAUGGCAGAAUGAUGAUCCAGGUUGCCACCGAGAAGCAUCCAAAGCCAAAGCACAUCUAAAUUUUAAUAUGCAAGCCGCUUCCUCUCUCCACAAUUAAGUUAGGAAAUAUAAUCAGAAUCUACUAGUGAUUUUUAUUUAGUAUUUUGAGUGUAUGCAUAUGCUGAAGGGUAAGUCAUUUUAUUCAAAACGAAAAAUGGUAAUAUUAGCAUGAGUUUGCUAUGCUUCCUGUGGAGGUUUGGAUGAGAACAGCCACCAUAGUCUCAUAUAAUUGAGUGCUUAGUCACCAGGGAGUAGAACAGUUUGAAAGGAUUAGAAGGAUCAAGAGGGGUGGCCUUGUUGGAGGAGGUAUGUCACUGGGGGUGGCCUUUGAGGUCCAAUCUCUCUGCCUGUGGGUCAGGAUGUAGCUCUCAGCUGCUGCCAUGCUCCCCACCAUUAUGAUAGUGGACUAAGCAUCUAAAACUGUAAGCAAGCCCCCACUAGCUGCUUUCUUUUAUAAGUUGCCUUGGUCAUAGCGUCUCUUGACAGCAAUAGAACAGUGACUAAGGCACCUACUAUGAAAAGCAUUAGCUUGUGUGUUUUUAGCAUUAUUGAAGCCUUUCUCCUUUAGCUACCUGUUUUCUCAGGAUAACUCUUCCAUCUAUUCUGAACUCUUAGGACAAAUGAUUGCCUUUUGUUUUUAAUUUAUAAAUUGAGACAGGGGCACAAAUUGGAAUUCAAAGUUGAAAUAAACAAAAUCUUAGACCCCCUGAGAGGUGCCCCUCACCCUGCUCCUCCCAGGAGAGAGAGCCACCGUUCCCUUCCAUCCCUGCUAAGUGCUAGGCUGGGGGAGCAUCGGACAGCUCUUUGUUGAGAGGAGCUGAGGCAUGCCAGGCAAUUCCUCUACCACUGACCCACCUCUCUGCCCCGUCUCCUAGUCUAACCCCCUGCCUGCUCUAGGAGGUGCUAGGGUUGGAGGGUUCCUCACACCAGAUUGCUCCGAGUCUGAUGUGGCUCCAGACAAGAUCAACUCCUUUGUACUUGAAAUCACUCCAGCCCCAAAGAACUCACCACAGCCAGCUGGGGACAAACCUUCUUCCACCUCCUCUGAGUUGGACUGCUCAGCUGUUCAGACAACGCCACAGACACCGUCCUGACUCCUCUCACUUGGAAUUUCACCACCACUGCUUCAUUGUGUUUACGGGUUUCAGAACAUUCCAGACUGUGUUUGUGAACCUAGUGGUCUAGAUGGCUCGGGUCCCCCCAUGUAGCUAGCUGUUCCUAGCAGUGCAGAGCCAUCGAGGUUGCGCAGACACCCAUGCUGCUCUCCUCACCUGCGCUGUGCACAGCUUCACCAAGAACCAGGUCUAGUUGGAACCGAAGGGGGUGGCAACCAGAAGUGCUGGAGAUGUGGAGAUGCGGGUGGUAGGGACUGGGGCAGGAGCUGCAGAUGACAUCUUAGUCAUGAUACUCCCCUAAAUGAGGAGGCAGCCCUGGCAGCGGGCAACUUGAAUACACCGACAGGUUGCUGUGCCACCUCUCCCCUCUGGGUAGCCAGGUUCUAUUUUGUUCACUCAUAGGUGAAAGAGUAUUUGGUGUGUCUGCCUCUGAGCUCAUAAACGCACAAGGGAGGUGCUAGCUUGCCCCCGCUAGCCACAUGCCUCUCUGACAGUCAGGGAGAUGGCCGGAGGCUCUGCCUUCAUGUGCCCAGACUCGAUGUUGAGAAUGGUAUAUUUUUCCGCUACUAUUGCUUUAUUUUUGCCAGUCUUAUUUUUAAAUCUUUGUGGUUUAUUCUGGCAUUUUGUACCUAAUUUUGUACUGUGAUAUCUGGGAAACAACGCGCCCCUUUUAUGCACAAGACAACUAUAUUUUAUGCCUUUGAAGCUGUUUUCAUUGUUGAGUACCUGUUUUCAAGAUUGCAUAAAAACGGAGAUUUUUAACGGCUUGGCCUCUAAGUUACUGAACUGUCUGCUUGCUGUAAAUAGGACCACAGGUUGAGUGAUGGUGACUUCAGCUGGGUGAGGGAAACCGCUGCAGUGAAGCUGUCGUGAGUGCGUUUCUAUCUUGAAACUGGAGGCAUGCUCCUCAACUGCCGUCUCCUUACACCUGUGUGCCCGGUCUGGCGUCCUUUGCAAAGACACUCCAUGGUGUCCUACCACUGUGUUGGGUCUGCACACGGUGGCAUUGACAAGGGCCCAAGUACUUGGUUUUCCUCACAAAAUAAGAGCAAGAUAUAGUUUGCUCCCUUCCAGCAGGAGGUUUCCCUGCAUGUGACUGGAUGGUGGAGCCAUAGUUAACAAGGCUCUGGUGCCUGAAAAUGACCUCCUUCCUCCCUCGAGCCCCUGGGGUCUGCAAAGGUUCAGCUUCUUUGCCCAGAUAGACAUAUUGUUCAUUUGUAGCUUUUCUCUCUCUCCCAUGAAAUCAAGUAACAGAUGUGUGGGCACCUGACCCAUUGGUGGCAUCCAACCCCACCCAUUGGCUUCUAGGAGAGACAGCAAGGCAAGGAGUAAAAUGAUGAAUGCUUCUAUGUUUUAUUAGUUUCCAGUAGCUGAGCCCAGA